AUGUCUUGUUUCGAGGCUUUCAACAUAACUGGAAGAAUUUUCCGAAAGUCCCCUCCACGAACUACAACAUUGCCUCCGAAUGGCAUAUCUGAAUCAAGUAUCGAUUUCAUUGUCUUGUCAAUUGCUAUUCCUACUUCGUUGUACUCGCAUGCUUCUGGUAUUAAGACUCUCAGUGGGUCAAAUUUCUCCGAAUGGUAUGAACAAAUUCAGUUCACCUUGGGUGUUAUGGAUUUGGACUUAGCAUUGCUUACUGAAAAACCUGGGGAAAUAACGGAUGCUAACAGUGGCCUUCCUGAGGUUGACAAUGCUAUGGAACUGUUAACGGCUAUUAAAGAACGCUUUAAAUCAGCGGACAAGUCGUUAGCAGGGACACUCAUGGCUGAAUUGACUACCAUGAAAUAUGGUGGUGACAAGGGAAUUCAGGAACACAUCCUAAAUCGGACUGAUAAGGCUGCCAAACUUGGAGCUCUUGGCAUGAAAGUGGAAGAGUCCUUCCUUAUUUAUGUUUAA